AUGAAGUUCUCCGCCACCCUUGUUGCCCUCGUUGCCGCCACUCUGGCUCAGGCCCAGCUUCCUGAUGUCCCCACUUGCUCGCUCCAAUGCUUCCUGACUGCCCUCGGUGGUGACGGAUGCUCCGAGCUGCUCGACUUCAACUGCCACUGCCAGAAGACCUCCCUGGUCAGCACCAUCACCCCCUGCGUGCAGAAGGCAUGCGGAGUCUCCGACCAGAUCUCCGUCUCCAACGCCGUCGUCGCCCAGUGCUCCUCCGCCGGCCACCCCAUCUCGGUGCCUCCGAUCGCCACUACCAGUGCCUCCAGUGCCAGCGCUAGCGAGUCCAGCUCUUCUAGCUCCGCUCCUGCUGAGACCAGCGCCACCCCCACUGCCACCGCAUCCGCUACUGGCAGCUCCAGCGCCGCCGAGUCUUCUUCCGCUGCGUCUUCUUCCGCUGCUGAGUCCUCUUCCGCUGCUGGCUCCCACACUGCCGGCCACUCCAGCGGUGCUGCUACCUCCACCCAUGCGGCUACCAAGACCGGCUCGGCCUCUUCCUCGGCCUCCUCGCCCGUCUACACUGGCGCUGCCGCCAAUGUCAAGGGUAACCUUGCCGGUGUUGCUGCUUUCGCCGCUGCUGCCGCUUACGUUCUGUAA